CCCAGAUAUAAAUAGUUUCUUAAUGCCAGGUCCAGAGCGACCUCACCAAAUUCCUGCCCCGAACACCUGCUUUUCCGAGUUAUUUUCCGACACCAAGAGCUUCUAUAGAAACACAAACAAAGCUCUAUUACAAAGCUACAUUGCUAUACUAGUACGCUAGAAGAUUGAUUGAUUGAUUGAUUUGUUGUUUGACCAAGACGAUGCCUCGUACUCAAAAGAAGACUACCAAACGCAAGACUGCCGCUCCUGUGGUGGACCCUCCUCCAAGCAGCCGUCCUCGUCGAGAGCUGUUGGUGGAUCCUGUUCUCUCGGCGGAUGGGCCACGCAUUGUUUCUACCGACUCUGUUGCCGCUUCCAAGUCCAAGGGGUUCUUUGCCGAAGACAGCAGCGACGAAGAAGUGGAGCCCAAGAAGGAAGCGGAGAGUGACGAUGACGCUUCCAUGGACGAUGAGCCCAAGAACCGAUCAACCAAGAACCCCACCGAAGGCGACGAUGAUGAAGAAGUGAACAGCGGCGAUGACGAUGACGAUGUGGUGAUCUCACAGCUAGCAACCAAGGCUCCCGCGACCAAGGCCAAAGUGGACAGCGACGAUGAUGAUGACGACGAUGAAGACGACGAUGUAGAAGUAGUAGACGUCAAGCCUGCCGUUGGUGUCGCCGCCGCUGUUGCUGGUAGCAGCACGGCGGAGGAAGGAGCUGAGGCGCUUGACGACGAUGUAGAAGUAGUAGACGUCAAGCCUGCCGUUGGUGUCGCCGCCGCUGUUGCUGGUAGCAGCACGGCCGAGGAUGGAGAAGCUGUUCCGCCUGUUCUCGACGAAGCUGCAAUGGUGGCCGCCCAAGCUGCCGAAGAGAAGAAGAAGUUCACCGAUCUACGAAGUCAGCGGGAAUUGGAUGAGUUUUUCGACGAACACACCACCAACAAGUUCGAAAGCCUCCCCGAGUACGAUCCACCCAAGGGGUUCAAGGACUCCGUAGAACUGUUCGACUACCAGAAAGACGGUGUGCGGUGGCUGGUGGCGCAGGAACGUGACGAGGCCACCAGAGUUUCACCUUUUUUCAAGAAGACCACACGUGGAUUCAUCAACGUCAACCAGUGGUGGAUGAACACUCUCACCCGGUCGCUCCAAAAGGAAGACCCCAUUUCAGAUCGAGGCAGUAUCCUCGCUGAUGACAUGGGGCUCGGUAAGAGCCUGCAGACGUUGGGUCUCAUUCUUUCGAACAUGCCGGAGGAGGACGAACCUCGUACAACUCUGAUUGUUUGCCCAAAGUCUGUGAUUGCUGCAUGGCAGAUGCAAGUCAUCAAGUUUGUAGAAGAGGACUCUUUGCAGAUGGAAAUCUAUGUUGGUAAAGACCGCCAGAAAGAAAUGUUGGAGGAAAAGGAGGAAGCCCAGGCCGAAAAGAAGAUGAUGGCGAGCAAGAAGGGCAAAAAGAAGGGUCGCCGCAACGAACUGGAAGAUGCUUGGGGCGGCGGAAACGAUUCCGAGGAUGAUUGGGAAAUGGAUUCGGACAGUAGUGAUGACGACGAUGACUUUCUUCCUGUUGCGAUGAUGUCUAAGAAGGCCAAGAGACCCUCGACUUGGGUUUUCGACAUUCAGUUUCACCGCGUGGUGCUUGAUGAGGCGCACCGUAUUCGUAAUGGCAAAACCGUCAGUUUUGAGGCCUGCUCGGCUCUUUCGUCAACCCGUCGCCUCGCCAUCACUGGCACUCCCUUCGUCAACAAGCCAUCCGAUAUUCACAGCCUGGUCAGUUGGCUCAACGAAGGUCACCUUACAUCCAACCCUUUAGUUGCAGCCAAGGCGUUCGAGCGGUUUGUCACCCAGCCAAUCGCGGAUAGAAAGGUGGUUGGAUUGUCAAGAGUUCGCAGUCUGAUGUCGGUGAUCUCGCUGCGACGAACGAAACAGCUAGUGGCAGACCGGUUGAACCUUCCGGAAAAGACAGUGGAGGUUGUCACGGUCGCCUGGGAAGAUGACGAGCACAAGGAGAUUCAUGAUCUCCUUUACACCUGCAGCAGAAAUGUCUUUCUGAACAUGAUUGCGGCCGGUGGCAAGACUCUGUACGCCUGCUUUUAUCAGUUCUUCAGCUUGGUAUUACGCGUGCGACAGGCCUGCUGCAGUGGAGAACUGAUUCCGGAAGAUGCUAUCGAAAAGGCCAGAGCAGCGAUGGAGCUCAUCGAAGAAGCGGGCACCGAAGGUGAACUCAACAUGGAUGCAACGGAAGCCCAAGGUCUGCUCGGCAAGCUUUUGUCUGUGCUCAAGGAUCCCGAAGAGAAGUUGCCGGAAGAGUGUGGAAUCUGUUUGGAGGUUUUUGCCGAGGACACAGCCGUUGUUCUUCGUGGAUGCAAGCAUAUCUUUUGUCAUGGCUGUUUGGAGCAAGUUGAAACCACAACGUGCCCUCUAUGUCGAAAGCGUUUCAAGCAGUCAGAUCGAAUGAGCGUGGAGGAUAUCAAGGCGGCAAUCAAGAAGACCAAGACCAAGACAAAGAAGAAUCUUGUGAAAGCCCAAAUUGAUGAUGCAGCGCCCAAGAUCAAGGUGCUGCUCGCGCACAUUGAUAACAUGGCAGCCGAUGAGAAAGGACUCAUCUUCUCGCAGUUCACAUCUUCGCUUGAUCUGAUUGAGGAUGCACUUGAAGAAGCCGGUCACACUUUCACACGCAUCGACGGGAGUGUGGAUUCUGAGGGUCGAUUGGAGGCCAUGCGUGGACUGGAAUCUGAGGACGGUCCCCGAUUCAUGCUGGUGAGCUUGAAGGCUGGGGGCGAGGGAAUCACCUUGACUCGUGCCUCUAUAUGCUACCUGAUGGACCCAUGGUGGAAUGCAGCUGCGCAAGACCAAGCCAUGGAUCGCUGCCACCGCAUUGGACAAACCCGUCCAGUCCGCGUUUAUCAGCUCGUGAUGGAAGACUCCAUUGAACAACGCAUGCUCUCUGUCCAGGAGGCCAAGACUGCCCUUGGAAAUGGAUCUGUCCGAAAGCUCAGCAAGGAAGAAAGCAAAAAGGCCCGGCUUACAGCCCUUCGAGACUUGUUCCAGGUGAACAUUGCAGAGCAAAACUGGCAUGGUCACUUUGAUGAAGACGGCGAACACGAUGAUGGCCGAGACUUGGAUGACUUUAUUGUUGGAGACGACGUUGAGGACUGA